GAAAAUCACAAAGUUCUUCUACCAUUUUAAGAUUUUAAUAUUUCGACUGCUGCAAGCAUUUUUUACAUUUACAAUUUAUGAAUCAGAUCUACGUAAUUUACAGAUUUUAUACUUUAUUGAAACUUUUACCAUCACACAAAUCAAUAAUGAAGUUUUGUCAAAUAUGCCAUAAAUGUAAUUAGCAACCUCUUAUUGAAAAAAAAAUUCUCAUUCAAUUUUUUCGCAAAUAUUUAUGUAUGAAAACUAUCCACAUGCUACUGGUCAUUAUUAAGCUUAUGUAAUUGAGACCCUAAAAUGAUUUUGUAAAAGAUUUCUAUAUUAGUUAUAGCAUAGAUAACGAUAGGUUCUGUUGAAUUGCUCAUCAUAUUUAAUGGCACAUAAAUUGAUAAAUUUAGAUUUUAGUGAAUUGCUUCCAUGUUAGUGGCACACAAAUUAAUAAUUUUAAAAUAAUCGACCACAUUUGUUUUUCAAGUCGUCAUGUAUGGAAUAAUUUGAGUUUAAUUGUUAUAGUUAAAUUACAUGCUCACCGAUACAGUUUUUUUAAAUGUAUUUGUUUUUCAACUGUACAGGCUUCAUGGCAUAUCUACCUGAUGAGGUCCCACUUUUUAGUCAUCCACAUCGGGCUGACAGUAUAUGGGAGGAUCCGGACGAGGCACACACCGUGGUGAAAUGCCGGCGGCGAGAUUCCGGCCUGUGGGAGCGUCCAUUGGACCAUAGAGUCUUGCAGUGUCUACUACGCGCAGGAUUCUAUGGUGUCUAUCGUAUAGGCCAUAUUAGACUGGACCACCCACUUAUCACUGCUCUCGUUGAGAGGUGGCGCACUGAGACUCAUACAUUUCAUUUCCCUACCGGGCAGGCCACCGUCACAUUGCAGGACGUAUCUGUCUUAUAUGGUCUACGGAUUGAUGGGCGAGCAGUUACUGGACCUGACCCACCAUUGACGAGGGACCAGUGGAUAGCCCUAUGUGCUGAGCUAUUGGGAGUAGCACCUACACCUGCAGACUUACAGGCAGGUAGAGUGAGGGUGAGGUGGCUGUCCGAGCAGUUUCAGGGCCAUCUUCCAGAUCAUGCUCCAGAUGAGUUAGUACAGCAGUAUGCCCGAGCAUAUAUUUUGUGGCUUAUUGGAGGGGUACUUCUCUUUGAUAAGUCACAGAACCUGCUCAAGCUGAUGUACUUGCCACUGUUUAGAGACAUUGACGUGAUCGGCCAGUACAGCUGGGGCGCCGUGGCUUUGGCAUGCUUGUACAGGAUGCUAUGUCGAGCAGCUCAGAUUUGGGCGUGGGAGAGAUUGAUUCGCAUUGCCCCGUCUAGGCGGCAACUGGUUACUCCUGGUGAGGUUCCCAUCGGCCAGGGAGACAUGCAGUUGCUACCUGGACCUCGAGGUAGCCGGUGGAGGGUUGACAUGGGCCACGAGGUCGUAUCGACCCACGUAGUCGUUGUGUAUAGAGACCAGCUUGACCGGAUGAUAGAGGACGAGGUGGUUCGAGCUGGGAGAUCAUAUCACUUGGCUGAGGACACCCUUUUCAGACGUGAUGGACAGGAUGCGAUGCAGGCCCUUGCAGAGAUCCGAGAGUUAUUGUACGAGGGGAUCCAGCAUGCCCAUCGGGUAGAUCGUUUACAUUUUGGCCACUACGGUGUACAUAGUGUAGCAGCUGCUCCAGACACAUCAGUCCCGUCCACGUCAGUGCCUUCCACUUCAGCGCCAAACACAGCAGGUCUUUCGACUUCAGUCACCCCACCGCAUUAUACCCCAUACAUUUCUCCAUAUUUCCCACACGUACAUCCUACCCAGCAUGCUGACCUUGAUUGGACACCGCCCCGAUACAUGCAUGACGUUGUUACCCCACCCACCCAGUUACCACCUGCUUUUCUGGGGACUACUUCGACCGCGCCCAUGAGUACACAUGAUGCAGUUCUCACUGACAUCUCCUGCGUUGAGGAUGAGGCCCAUAUUGAGCCCCCCCAGAGCGCGAGGGAGAGACCGAGGUUAUGGUCGUGGCGGACGUCGCGGCCGAGGUCAGGGUGCGGGCAGAGGCAGAGGUCGAGGUCCGAUUGCAGAUCGUGAUACAGUUGCACCAGAUGAGGGAGUUUCACAGCUCACAGCAGUAUCCGAUCUUCAGGCAGAGACAUGAUCAGGGGCAGCACAUGCAGGAGAGGGGGGGUCACACUCACAGGCUCCACAGGCAGUCAGUGGAGGACCACAUGCAGGGGAGGGAGUUCCAGAUAUUCAGAGAGUCUACCGCAGGAGACCGAGGAGGGAGGUCCACGGUCGGGGUUGUGGGACUGGGGGCAGGUUAGGGCAUUAGCGGGUAUGAUAUGGACUGUAUAGUUCUUUUUAUUUGUAGUAAUUGUUAUAGUUUUUGUAAAUCAAACUUGUACAGAUGAUGUAAAUGUGUCAUACUUAUUUAUUCGAAAUUAUAAUUUAACAAUUUUUUAUUCUUACUUAUUUUGACGAAUCA